GCUUGCAUGCGUGUGUGGGUCGUUUUCGUCUUCGAUUCGGCCGCCAGACCAGAAGGAAAAGAAAGAUCCGAGCGAGCGCAGCAAAAGGUGCGGAAAAAAUUGUCUUGUGUUAUUGUUUCAUGGACGCGAAGUGUGAAAGUGGAAAAUUGUCACCGUUGAUAUUGUGUGUUGAAAGCGCGAGUUAAGUGUUGAAUUUGUGCACAAUUUGUCACUUAAUGUGUGGUGUUUGUUCGGUGGCCGUUGAAAAUUUUUAAGUUUACUACCAACGCUCUCUUCAUCAAUCGGUCACAGCGAUGGAGGAGGAUACUGAAUACAAAAAGCUCCCUAUCGACGAGCGGUGCGUGCACAAGUUGUGGAAAGCACGUGUCGAUGGUUACGAGGAAGCGGCAAAACUUUUCCGCACAAUUGAUGACGAAAAAUCGCCGGAAUGGAACAAAUAUCUUGGCCUGGUUAAGAAAUUUGUCACCGAUAGCAAUGCCGCGGCCCAGGAGAAGGGCCUCGAGGCGACGCUGGUGUUUGUCGAGAACAGUGGCAAUGCCGGUAAAACUGUUGGGGAGGUCAUGAGCGGAAUCAUCACGAAGUGCAUUGGAGCACCGAGAGCAAAAACGAAGGAUUUGGCUGGGCAGAUUACCUUGAUGUAUAUUGAAAUCGAGAAGCAAGACAUUGUACUGGAGGAAUUGCUAAAGGGAACGGAACAGAAGAAUCCCAAGAUUGUAGCGGCAUGUGUGGUCUCGAUAACUCAGGCCCUGCGCGAGUUUGGUAACAAAGUAAUAAGCAUAAAGCCCAUUGUCAAAAAGCUUCCUACUUUGCUUAGUGAUCGCGACAAGGCAGUACGGGACGAGUCCAAAUCACUGACAAUUGAAAUAUACCGAUGGAUUGGGGCCGCAUUCAAGUCGCAGAUUGCAUCACUUCCUGCUGUGCUUCUCGCAGAAUUGGAAACCGAGUUCGAGAAAGUAAGUGGUGACAAAGCAAUUCCAACGCGGUAUCUUCGGUCACAGCAGGAGAGGCAAAUGUUAGCUGCUGUGGCUGCCAGUAGCAGCGGUGAUGUGGAAGACGUUGGCGACGAUAACGAAGCCGACGAGGCUGAAGAGAUUGAUCCCAUGGAUCUCAUCGAUCCAGUUGAUAUUCUUUCUAAACUUCCGAAAGACUUUUAUGACAAAUUGGAGGCAAAAAAGUGGCAAGAAAGAAAAGAAUCACUUGAAGCAUUGGAAACAUUACUCCAGAAUCCUAAACUACAACCAGGAGACUACGGCGAUGUAGUUCGCGCCCUCAAAAAGAUCAUCAGCAAAGACACCAAUGUGGUACUGGUGGCACUGGGUGGCAAAUGUUUGGCCAUGCUCGCUAGAGGAUUGGCGAAAAAAUUCAACACAUAUGCGGGGGCUUGCGUUCCAGCGAUUUUAGAAAAGUUCAAGGAGAAAAAAGUCAACGUUGUUACUGCUCUCAGAGAGGCGAUUGACGCAAUUUAUCCUUCCACUUCGUUGGAGGCCAUUCAGGAAGACAUUCUAGAAGCUUUGGGCAACAAAAAUCCAAAUGUGAAACUAGAAACUGCUUCAUUUCUCGCGCGAGCGUUUACGAAAACUUUGCCUACAAUUCUCAAUAAAAAACUACUAAAAGCAAUUAUUACUGCACUUCUCAAAACACUGAAUGAACCAGAUCCAGCAGUCCGUGACUCUGCAGCGGAAGCUCUUGGCACGGCCAUGAAACUGGUAGGCGAGAAAGCCAUCGGUCCCCACUUGACUGAAGUGGAUGCCCUGAAGCUGGCAAAGAUAAAGGAGUGCUGCGACAAGGCAGUUAUCACCAUCAAAAUACCUGGGCCAAAAAAGGAGCGGCCGGCAACUGCUCCUCCGAAAACGACCUCGACGGCAACUGGCGCUGUUAAAAAAGGAGGUUCUACAGAACCAAGACCAGUCGCAAGGCCAGCAACGGCUGGGGUGAAAAAAGUGGCUCCAUCGAAAAAGGCACCUGGCUCUGGUGGUGCAGGCGGAGGAGGCGGGGGAUCUGGUUUGUCUAAAUCGGCUAGCGCUUCGAAGGUACUUCCAACGGAGCGGGACAUGUCCACAGAUGAGAUUGAUGAAAAGGCCGCCGAGAUUCUGCCGACCGAUGUGGUACAAGGGCUAGCUGAUUCCAACUGGAAAACUCGUCUUGCGGCGGUGGAAUCAUUGACGGUUGUUAUCUCUGAACUAGAUCCGAAGUGUGGCCAUUCACAGGUCAUCUUGCGAUUCCUGGCCAAGAAACCUGGUCUAAAAGACACAAAUUUCCAAGUUUUGAAGGUCAAACUGGAAAAUGUAAAAGCGGUGGUCGACAAACUUGGCGUAACCACAACUACAGCAGAUUACAUCAUAAACGAUAUAACUGAGAAGUUGGGGGAUGCUAAGAACAGUGGACCAGCUGGACAAGCAUUGACAUCUAUUGCCGAUGCCAUCAAACUAGAAUAUGCCGUGUCCAAAGUAAUGGAAUUUGCGUUUGAGCAAAAAUCUCCUAAAGUCCAACAGGAGGCUUUAACAUGGGUGAACAACGCACUCAAAGAAUUCGGGUUCCAAGUAAAUCCUAAGCUGCUUCUCGAGGACUCCAGAAAAGCGGUGCAAAGCAUCAAUCCGGCUGUUCGAGCUUCAGGAAUCGCUCUCUUAGGCACGAUGUAUCUCUUCAUGGGCAACACGUUGGCAAUGUUUUUCGAGAAUGAGAAGCCCGCUCUUAAGCAGCAAAUUCAAGCGGAGUUUGAUAAAUGUGCUGGGCAGAAACCACCGGCGGCCACCAGAGGACAACAGGCCAAGUGUCCCAGUCCGGGUUCGGUGGAUGACCUUGAUGAUGAGGGCGAAGCGGACGAUCAACCAGCGAUCAACAUAAACGAUCUGCUCCCGAGAAUAGACAUUUCGACUCAAAUCACCGAAUCUCUGUUGGCUGAAUUGUCUGACAAAAAUUGGAAAACCAGAAACGAAGGCUUGGAGAAAUUGCGUGGCAUUGUUACCGAGUCCAAGCUCAUCAAGCCGAAUCUCGGGGAUUUACCGCAAGUGAUUGCUCAGCGGUUGGUCGAUAGCAAUGCAAAAAUUGCCCAAACUUCCGUGGAGAUUUGCCAGCUCAUCGCCACCGCCAUGGGCCCACCUUGCAAGCAAUAUGUCCGUGUGUUUUUCCCCGGAUUCUUGAAAGGCCUUGGAGAUGGAAAAGCUUUUAUCAGGAGCGCAUGCAUUUCCUGCAUAAAUACCUGGGGCGAUCAAGCCGGUUAUAAGGAGUUCUUCGACGGAGAAAUGAUUGCCGAUGCAUUGAAGAUUGGUAGUCCGGCGCUGAAAACGGAAGUGUGGGGUUGGUUAGCCGAGAAAUUGCCACCAUUACCAACUAAAAGUAUCCAAAAGGAUGAACUGGUUGCAAUAUUACCCCAUUUGUAUGCCAAUAUCUGUGAUAGAAAUGCGGACGUUCGGAAGAAUGCCAAUGAAGCUGUUUUGGGAAUAAUGAUUCAUCUGGGAUACGAUGCCAUGAUGAAGGCCCUGGAUAAGCAAAAGCCAACUUCGAAAAAGGAUAUUCAAGCUGCUCUGGAUAAGGCACGGCCUAAUCUACCGGUGAAACCUUUACCGAAGAAUAAACAACAGGCUCCCAUUGUAGAGGAACCUAAGGUGGUACGCCCAGGAACUGGUAAAGUGCAGAAGGCUGCUGUCGGGGUGUCCGCUAAAGCAAACCCUGCGGCAGCAGCCCGUAAAAAAGAAGAAGAGGUGGACAACUCUCCACUCUUAGCAAUAAACAACAUGAAAAGUCAACGGUUGUUGGAUGAGCAGAAAUUAAAGGUUCUCAAAUGGACUUUUACAACCCCCAGAGAAGAAUUCACUGACCUGCUAAAGGAACAAAUGACUUCAGCAAAUGUGAACAAAGGCCUGAUAGCCAAUAUGUUCCACGAAGAUUUCCGAUACCAUUUGAAGGUGAUCGACGCUCUGGUUGAGGAUCUACCCAAAAACGACAAGGGGCUAAUCUGCAACUUAGAUCUGAUUAUGAAGUGGCUCUCUCUACGAUUUUACGACACCAACCCGUCCGUCCUGCUGAAAGGGUUGGACUAUUUGAAUUUGGUGUUCGGCAUGCUGAUUGAGAAACAGUAUGUACUAGCUGAAAACGAGGGCAGUUCGUUUGCUCCGCAUCUACUCACGAAAAUCGGCGAUCCGAAGGAUGUAGUGCGCAAUGGGGUCCGGACACUGCUGAGGCAGAUUUGUCUGGUGUAUCCAUUCGCGAAGGUGUUUAUUUUUGUGAUGGAUGCUCUCAAGUCCAAGAAUGCCCGACAGCGUGCGGAGUGUUUAGAUGAGCUGGGUUAUUUGAUUGAGACGUACGGUUUAUCCGUUUGCCAACCAACUCAACAGGCCGCCCUAAAGGAAAUCGCCAAGCACAUAUCGGACCGAGAUAAUUCCGUACGCAAUGCAGCGUUGAAUGCAGUGGUGCAAGCGUACUUCCUUGCCGGUGAAAAGGUUUACAAAUUGAUCGGUCAACUAUCCGAGAAGGACCUUUCCAUGCUGGAUGAGCGGAUUAAGCGAUCAAAGAAAACAGCCAUUAAGAAACCAACCAAUUCGAUCGAAAUAGUCAAGGUGCCGUCUGCGACGGAAGUCAAUAACGUCGUUGAAACCGAACCUGUAGAAGAGGAGGAGGAGCCUCUUCCUGUGGAACAGCCUGUGGAACCUCUACCUGCACGAUCGGUUGUGUUUAACAAUAACAUCGAAAUGUACGACGGUAGCGGUCCUGGCCAAGCUGUUGAAAUAUCGGUUUAUACGCAACCACCGGAAGUAAAUCUGCCCAAAGUUAGUGGCCCAUUUAAGUUGGAUGAAAAUGUCAUUGCCGACAUUGAGAGCAACUGGGUUAAGGCCGAUCACCAUCGGAAGACCGAAUUGCCUCCGAUCGACAUUUCUUUCAUCUACGAGCCGAUCAAGGUGAUUCCUGUGCGGGGCAUUGCAUAUCCAGACGAAAAGUUCCAGCAACUGCUGGCGCGCACCCUUCAACGGCCGAUAAGUGCCCCCUCCCGGGAUUAUGCUAUGAGUCCGCUGUCGCAUCUUCGCUCUCCAGCCUAUAGCGGAACGAACAAGCCAAAACCAACUGCAAACUUGGCGGAUGUGUUGCCUAAACUGGAUCCAAACCUCCUACGUAUUAUUCGCGGAAUCGGAAGUGCGGAUGCCUAUACAGCUCAUGCUGCUAUCAACGAGUUGUCGGAUAUUCUCGAAUCACAGGAAAAACAGGCCGUUCUGAGAGACUAUGAAGAAAUAUACAUCCAAAGUAUACUGCAACAAUUCAAGUACCUUCAACAAAAGCCUCUAGCCGAAUCAUUGGCCAUGUAUCAGCCGUUGCUGCAUAGUAUUUACUCAUUCUUUGCAUCGAAAACGUUGGGUAAGAAUCUAUCGGUGAAUACCAUCAAAAGUAUUAUCGCUGUGUUGCUUGGAUUAAUGGCGGACAACAAGCUUGGCGGCAGUGCAGACGAUGCUCAGUUCACAAAGGUUGUCAACGGAAUAUGCCUCAAGAUUUUGGAUCGGACUAAUUUUACACAUUUAAACUGUGCUCUGAUACGACUACUAAAAGAAUCUUGUCAAACGAGUUGCCUACCUAAGUUUACGGAUCUACUAAUGAAGUGUAUUUGGCGGAAUGUGAAGGUUAUACCCGAUCGGCUUCAGGACUUGGACUACGAUUCCGUUUUACUUGAGGUGCACGAAUUUAUGCUGGCGCUACCGAGCUCAUGGUGGCAGCAGAGGCCCUCUGACACACCCCUGCGGACGGUGAAAACAAUUAUCCAUAACAUGACGAAAAUCAAAGGCAAUGCCAUCCUGCAGCACUUGAGUCGAAUUCCUAGCCACUCAGAACUGAAUACUUAUAUCCUGCGAAUAUUGAAAAAUCUCAACAAGGAAUCCGCCUCCAGUGCAGCCAACCAGAACGCUUCAGCAGUAGCCAAUUCGAAUAGCGAAAAUAACAAUACUCAACACCGAAGCAGCAGCCGGCCUGUGCACGAAACACACGAAGAAGUUUCCAACAUCUUCAAACUAAUCUCGAAUACGGACACUAGUCAGGAAGGGCUUGCGAAACUAUAUGAGUUCAAGUCGAAAAAUUCUGAUGUAGAUAUCCUCCCGUUCCUGAAAGGUGCCAGUGUCAGCUUCCAAAGGUAUAUAAUUGACGGUUUAGCAGAACUGGAUGCAAAAAAACUCAACUCAAAGGAUAGUGAUAAGAAAAUCAUGGCGGCGAAUUGCAUGCCACAGUCGACCACGAACCCUGACUAUUGGAUGGAACGUUUGAAUUCGCUCAUGACAAAAACCGGCCAAUCAGCUAAUCACCAGUCUAAUACAGGUCACGGCCAGUACACAGAUAACAAGAUCACGGACGAAAACCUGAACCUGAAUCAAAUGCAGCCGAAAGUCAACAUACUGCGGAAGGAAGCGGGCGGAGGUCUAGGGUCCGGCUUGAGCCCUACACCUGGAGGAGGUAUCGGUGGAAAUAGCAACGCAAGUAUUGUUAGUAGUAUUCCAUUACACCGACGUGAAUUGCUUGCGCAAAAACUAGAGCAAAUUAAGCAACAAAAGUGAACAAGCUUAUAAGAAACUGAGUUGAGCUCAGUGUUUAGUUUGAGAACAAUAACUGAAAACAGAGGGUCAAAGAGAACAAUGCGUAAUGGCGCAUUCUACGUAGUACAGGAAAAAUGAGGUCGAUGUUUAAUCAAACUCUUUAAAAUCUCAGUUUUUAUUGAAGCAGUUUUAGCUAAUUAUAUUCAUUAAACACCCGUAUGGAACAUUUGAAGGUUUUUGGUUUAUGUUUUCAGACUAAAUGUUUCGUUUGUCAAUAUUAGACAUAACAAUGUUUUCCAAAAGGCCUUAUGACACAUGAGCAAAACUCAUAAAAUUGUAGUACCUAGUACGCUACUUCAAAUGUUUUCAUUGUGUAUUUUGUUAAUCAUAUCUCCUUGUUUCCGCCUGAAGCUAUUGAAAGUAACAAUACUAUAACACAGCAAUUAUUACAGUCAGUCGAACAUAUUUCGGAAACCAUUUUACCUGAAUAGCAUCCAACCAUUGUAGAGACUACCUCAUUCCGAUUCUAUAUUUAGGUAUCAGGUAGUUGUUUGAUAUUUUACUAAGCUUUGAUUUUUCCUUCCCCUUUCUUCUACACUUUUUUUUCGUUUAUAGACUCAAAUGAAUUGCAAUUUCACAGUUCAAUUUUGUAAUUUACUUUCAUUAUAAUUCAUGUUUUGUACUCAAGCAAAGGCGAACUCUAUUAGAUAUGGUUGUUAUCUGCAGUGGCCAACUUUUGGUAAAGAUCAUAUGCAUUAAUUUGAUAUACCAGGAAGAAUUGAAACUCACCAUUUCAAUCCGUAUAGUACUUCUCGAUAAUUAUUGUGGGGUUGAACAGACGAUGCAUGUUGAAUUCGAGUGUUGGACUCGUUUCGGGAGAAGAUCUAUUUGGGCAGUUACCCUAUAUUCUCAUCUGUGCCGUUUAUUAUUCAAUCGCAUUUCAACUGAAUUACAUAACUUUAAAAAGCGACUGAGUAAAAAGAGCCAGCGACGGGCACUUGAUCAUUCUGCUCAAGUAAAUCUUCUGAUUAAAUGCGUUUCCGUUAUGUGUUCUACGAUUGCAAAUACUUUCCGCACUUGUAGUAACGGUUUAUGCAAACAUAACCAAACAUUAAUAAACUCGCUUGAACUACAACAAAAAUGAUGCCUAUAAUCGCACAUUAAGUUGCACAAUCAAAGAAUAUUUGGACUAAUGUGACAUUAUAAGAAAUCAUUGAGGUUGCGCAUGAAUUAGUUCCAUGAAAUUGGUUGAACUGACACUUAAGAAUGUGAUUAAAAUGUUCUUGGUUCUCGGAUUAAAUCACGCAAAAGCUGCUAUUGAAACAGCAGUUAUUGUUCAAAUUAAAUCAUAUUCAGACUGAAACAAAAGCAUACCAUUUCGAAUAAUGUUACUUUUAUUAUAUAAUUUGUGACAUGCUUAUAGGACCGUAAGCAGACUUGUUAGUAUUAUUUGAAUCUCUAAUGAACCACCACUCCCCGUUUAUCAUGGACAGGCCGCUCCAUAUGUCUACUAUAUUGGUUUUUGUUGAACUAUUACUUGUUAGAAUUCGUUUUCCGAAAAAAAAAGUUGCUAAAAAGUCAUUCGAGUGCUAUCGGUUAACAUCACUUGUUGCUAAUUUUAGUGCAAACACUCAUGUUCUACUGUUUUUUAUCUGUCCAUCCAAUACGACAAGUAUAUCUACAAUGAAGGCAAACUGGAGACGGUCACUACAUGUAUUACUAUUAAUAAAAAAAAUCGCAAAGAAAAUAAUUAAAAAAUACUUGAAUUCAAAGCGAACGUGUCCUCUCUGUUUGCAUGUAUUGAUUACAUGACAUUCAAUUAUAGAAAACAUCAAGUAGAGUACGCAGAAGGAUAGCCCAUUGUAAUCUAGUUCUUACAACAAUUUGGUCACUUUAAAUUUCAGCAGCAUAGAGACAAAAAAAAUGAUUACAGAUUCAAAUAUAUAUUUAUUACCGCAAAACAUUCAUGUUGAAUAUGUAAGCAUAUUUAGUAAUGAAAGCAAAUAAUAAAAAAUACUACCUAAUAA